UGGGGCAACGCGGACCGGUGAGCGAAGAGCAAUGGCAGUUUUUAACGUAGCUUCGAAAGUUCUACAGUUGUUCUGAUACUGGUGAUAUAUUAAUAUUUUACAUGUGGUCGAUGCUGUGUUAAACCUGGCGUCGGAGAACAAGCUCUGAAGACGGAACAUUACCUGGAAAUGCAGGUUGGUGGAGAACACGCCGCACCGGUGUCCAGAAGACCUCGUGAAGAUGACAUGAUGGAAGGGGACUUGGGCGACGGCAUGGGCAAGAAGCCCGGAGGGCUAUAUGGCAAGACGCAGCAGGUGCUCGACGGAGGUAAGGGAGAUGUGCUGCAGCCCACCCCCCCAGCAAUGUCGUGGAAUAAGGGGAGCGAGAAAGGCGCCGAGGUCUUCACCUGGACCUCCUACGGUUCCCUGCAUGCAGCACUCCGACAGGGUGGGGUCGCUGCGCAGCCUUGCCCUCCGAGGAGACUCAAUGGCACAGUCCCACUUGAUGAUCUUUCCAACGAGGAGCUCAAGAAUCGGCUCCAGCAAGUCACGGAGGAAGCGGAACUGCUGCACUGUGAACUUGAAGCUGUACAGCGUCACCUGGAGGGUAAACACGAAGCCCUGAAAAUCUUGCAGAGUCGGGCUGUGUUUGAGAAAGCGACCACUCACACCAAGACAUUACUACAGAAAAGUGAGGAGAGAACCAAGGCUCUGGAGAAGGAAGUGAAUGCUCUGCAGUGGGAGAUCACCUUUAACCAGGCACAGUUCAAGAAUCUGGAGCAAUCCUGGAAGGAAAAGUAUGAGAGGAUUUGUGCUGAGAAUAAGACCCUGAGUACCACAGUGGAAGACGGUAUGAAAGAGGUGCAGGAGCUGCGGUCCGAGAAUUCCUCUCUAAACCAGCGGUGCUUAGAGCUCAUGGCCAUGUUGAGUGCUCAAGAAAAGAGGGCGUUCCAGGGGUCUCUGCCUCCCUGUAGCAGCCUGAGAAGAGAUGGGAUGGCGCUCGAGCUGGCUGUGCUCGGUGCCUGCCACUGCAACGCCACAGACGGCGAGCCCUGUCCCUGCGCCAGGACUGCGGCUGCCAGCCGUAAGCAAGUGAUCCAGCUCAAGCAGGAGAUGGAGAUGCAGAGGAGGAGGAAGGAGGAGGCCUACGUCAUGGCAGAUGCAUUCAGGAUUGCCUUUGAGCAGCAGCUCAAGAGGAGGAGUGACCAUGUCCUGUGCCUUACUGAGAAAGAGGGCUGCUUUCACAAAGACGUGUCUUCCGGUCACAGAAAGGAAGCACCAUUGAAACGAAGCUCCAACACUGUAGCUCAGAAGAUAAGAGGAAUGCUGCAGUCCUCAGCUGAGGACAAGAUUUCACACGACUUGGCUGAGACACUCCACCACCUGGUUGAUCUGUUGAAUGACAAGGAGGAGGCUUUGGCGCAUCAGAGAAAGGUGAGCCACAUGCUGGCUCGCAACACGGAGGAGCUGGAGCAACGGCUCCUACAGCUGAAAGGGCUGGAUUGUGAGGAGACCAGCCAGAGGUCCAGGCAGGAGCUCAGGAUUUGUGAUAACCCACCUUCCACGCUUCCUUCUAUCCUGAGCACUCUGGGGGGAGACCCGGAUGCCCAGACGCCCAUCCCCGCAGCAGGGGCGCUUUCCGCAGAAAUGGGAGCCACAGCUGAGACUGAAACAGAAGCUGAUGAUAGUGCUAUGAGGAGGAGGCCUGAGAGAUCUGGUGGCAGUAAGGAGCACAGCAGAUGUAGUGUUUAUGGUAAAGAGUGCUAAUUGUUUAUUCAAGAACAAAGAUCACAUUGAUCCCGUUCAGUCAGUGCUCUAUGUCUUACCUCAUCAGAAGCCAGAACUUGUCCUUUAUUUGCUGCGUAAAUUGUAAUCCAUAUCACAUUAGACAUGUAGGGUCUCGGGUUAAACGGAACGUAUUUUAAACACUGCGUUGAGUAUUAGAGGGCAACUCGUACAGCCCCGUGAAAUCAAAUUAAAUGCCAAAGAAUUGCUCUGAAAUUACCAGUGCACUCAAAAGAUUUCCCUUGCUUUUUAAAUGUCUUAUAAAUAAUUGGUAAAAAUAAAUCUCAGAUUAAAAAUCGAGUGUGAUGACAUGUUUCCUCAGCAGUGUGAUUAUGAACUUGUAUCAUCAUCUUGUACUCAUCAGCAUAUCUAUGUCAAGGAUGUCUUAUGUUGAAAUCUUACGAUGUCUGUU